ACAUGACUGUAUAGAAACAAUGGAGACCGUGUAUUCCAGUCGACCUGAUCUUAAGGAAGAACCUUUAGAAGAUGCUGACAGGUCUUGGUAUACUGAUGGAAGCAGCUUUGUGAAACAAGGACAACGUAAGGCAGGGUAUGCCGUUACAACCACUCAACAGGUAAUCAAGUCUAAACCAUUACCUCCUGGGACGUCCGCCCAGAAAGCAGAGAUAAUCGCUCUUACGCAAGCACUGGAACUAGCAGCAGGAAGGAAAAUAAAUAUUUGGACAGAUUCUAAAUAUGCAUUCGGUGUGGUGCAUGCUCAUGGAGUGAUUUGGAAAGAACAAAUUUUAAAAUUGUUAGAGGCAGUAAAACAACCAGAAAAGGUAGCUAUCAUGCAUUGUCGGGGACACCAAAAGGGGAACGCCGAUUUUGAAAUUGGAAAUCGAUUGGCAGAUCAAGAGGCUAAGCGGGUAGCUGGAUUAACUGAAGUGAAGGCAUCUUUGAUACCAGACGGUAAAGUUCAAACUAUAUACAUAAACCAAAAGCCAAAUUAUACAAAAGAAGACUUAAAAUUAAUUGAAGAUUUGAAAGGUAAAAUGAAACCAGAUGGAUGGGUAUAUUUAAAAGAUAACCGAGUAGUAAUACCCUCUAAUUUGAUAUGGCUCACAGUUCUUACAGAACAUGAUAAAACACACUGGGGGGCUGACACAUUGCAUAAGAGCCUGAGUCAGACAUUAGUGGGACAAAAUUUAUAUACAACGAUAAAACAAGUAACUCAACAAUGUAGCAUUUGUUUACACAACAACCCCAAUACUAAGAAUAAAAUAAAAUUUGGAAUAAUUGGUAAAGGAAAUUAUCCGGGACAACAGUGGCAAAUUGAUUUUUCAGAACUCCCUAGAAAAGGGGGGUAUCGUUAUUUAUUGGUUCUGACUGACACAUUUUCAGGAUGGCCCGAAGCCUUUCCCUGUUGAACAAACAAAGCAAGAGAAGUGGUUAAAGUCUUGUUCAAUGAAAUAAUACCACGCUUUGGGAUCACAGUAGCAAUGUCCUCUGACAGAGGUUCACAUUUUUGUGCGCAAGUGGUACAACAGAUAAGUAAGAUUCUAAAGAUAGAUUGGCAACUACAUACUCCUUACAGACCGCAGGCAAGUGGACAAGUAGAAAAAACGAACCAUUUAAUUAAACAACAAAUAGCUAAAAUUGGACAAGAAGCUAAUUUGUCAUG